CGCAGGGGUUAUCGUUUUGACAGCAUAAUAUUUUAUUUACUGUUAUUAGAACUAAAAAAAUUUGUUUGUUCAUUUAUUUGUUUAGUCGUUCAGUUAUUUGAAGUUAGUUGAUAAAAUGGGAGGUGGAGACUUGAAUACAAAAAAGUCUUGGCAUCCGAAUACAUUCAAAAAUCAGGAACGCGUCUGGAAGGCUGAACAGGCAGAUGCUGCGGAAAAGCGCAAACUUGCUGAGUUGCAACAUGAGAUAAAUGAGGAGCGAAACCGAGAGGAACUGAAAAGUAUCGCCAAAAAAUCUGGAUUGAUAGAAGACACCGAUGGAGAUCGAAAGCUUGAAUGGAUGUACAAGGGUCCACAGGUUAACCGAGAAGAAUACCUGCUGGGGCGCACAGUCGAUAAAACCUUCGAACAGCUAGAUGCUCAGGAAAAGGCUGGUCCAAGUGUAGGAAUCAGUCAACCAAAAAAUCAUGUGGAACACGAGUGCAUUCCGUUCUCGAUCAGACAGUAUAAGGGUUUGGAGGGUAUGGAACAAGUUGAUAUGGCACGAAAAUUGAUGGAAGAUCCGCUGAUGGCCAUCAAACAGAAAGAGGUUGAGAGCCGUCAAAAGAUUCUAGAGAAUCCAGUAAAGCUCAAGGAAUUGCACAGGCUGCUAAAAAGUGAUCGGAGCAUACAGGACAGAGCAGAGAAGAAGAGUAAAAAGAAAAAGUCGAAAAAACAGAGAAAAUCUAAUGGGACCGACUCAGAUGAGGAUAAAGACUUGGACAAAAUUUUGGCAGAAAAAUAUAAAAAAGUACAAACGGUUAUAGGAGCAGAGCAGAGUGAAGAUGUAAGCUUAGACAAACUGCUUAAUAUGAAAUAUCAAAAGUUGUCUAAAGAGCUGAAUAAAUUGGCAAAACAUAAAAAAUCGAAGAAGAAAAAAAGAAAUCGAAGUAGUAGUAGCUCUGCAGAUUCUGAAUCUGACUCCCGGGAUAACCGGAAACGUGAAAGAAGACGUUCAGACUCAAGGAAUAAAUAUUCGGGACCAUCAAAGCGUCGUGAACAAAGCUUAGAAUCGGAUUCAAACUCCCGGUACAAUCGAAGGGAUCGAGGAAGACGUUCGAGAUCAAAGGAUAGGUAUUCUGGUUCAUCAAAGACUUGUAACCAAAGUACUGAAAUGAUGCGACAUUCGAAGACCUAUGACAGGUAUCACAAGAAUCAAGAUGAUACAAAAAGAGACCAUCGUCGUUCGCAUAGUCGUGAUCGCAAAUAUUCUUCAGCACUUAGAAGCGACCAAUCCAAAGAUCGAAACCGCAAACCUCCGCAAACUGCCUCGUCAAGCUCGAGCUCUGAAUCUUCUCCGCAGGAACCGCGUCGUAAUGACGAGUCCGAUGACGAAGGAAGACCACCGAUCAGUCGAAAUUUUGGGCUUGUAUCAGCAUCUGGCAAAAAACUAGAGCUUAAAAAACGAGAUGAAGUUCGCCUUUACAAACGGGACGAAAUACGAGCACAUCAGUCGAGUCAGAAGCCAUCCUGGAGUCGUCCGGAGAAAAAGAAACCUCUGACCGAGGAGGAAAUCGAAGCCAGACGGAAGGCAAUGCUGCAGAAUGCCGAGUGGAGGGACAACGAGCGACAGAAAAAUGUUCGACGUUACGAGAAUGAAGAUCGCAUGCAGGAACAGAAAGAUACGGAGAAAAAAUACGAUAAGGAUUUCCUGACGAAGCAAUUCAAGCACGCGGUUAGUAAUGAAACGGUCGAAAAGCGAAUCAAGUCGAAUCGUAACAACAUACAGCGAACAGGUGGCGCAAUGAACGCUAAUUUCGCUAGAAGAUAAAAAGUUUUCUGUUUGCAAUAAACUUCAUGUGAGGAAAAAUAAA